AUGGAACAAAAUCAGUAUCAGUUCAAAAGUAUCUUGAAAACGAGUCAAGAAGCAGAGACACCACCUCCCUUGUUCCGUUCAGGUCCGGAUUCAUCGGGCACUUCAAAAACAUUUUCUUUCGUAGCACCGCAUUAUAAGGAUUUUAUCAAUGAUUUAACUCUUGGUGAAGGAGAUUCUUUUUUUGGUUCUGCAAAAAGAUUGACAAGUCCCACGAUUGGAAGGCAAACACUUUAUACACCGUCAAGGAAACUUUCAUUCACAUCGAUACUAGAUGAGGUUUUGCCUAAUAAAUUAACAGGUCCAUUCGAUCCUAAUGUUAAUUCAAGGGAGGUUAAAAUAAAUAUAAUAGAAAAGCUCACUACAAAGAGUCCUUUGAGAGAACAAAAGAAAAUAAAUUUUCUUGAAAACAAUCUUAAUGUAAAAUUUGGAGCCGAUAAAUCCAUCAAAAUCCGUGUAAACGCCCCGCCAGCUAAAAAAAAAGUAGCAAACAAAGCUAUUAAGAAUACUACUGCUACGGCUCAAACCAAGCAAGUCACAAUUCCAAAAGAAUUUAAUUUUUCCAAACGUUUUGAUAAACAACAAGUUAAGAAUCAUCCUACAAAUCAUUCUCAAAGGAUUCAGAAACGGCAACCUGUUAAAAAAACCGGCAUAGGUCUGAGGGUUCCUCCAAAAAGAUUUAAGACUUCUAAAUGUCUUGAUAAACCACAUGCUAAAAGAAAUAAUCCUAUGAAUAAAUCUCAAAGGGUUCAGAAACAGCAACCUGUAAAAAAAUCCGGCACAGAUUCAACGGUUACUAUUCCAAAAGAAUUUAAUUUUUCUAAACGUUUGGAUAAACCACGUAGACCAAAUGUUAAAAAUUAUCCUACGCGUAAAUCUCAUGGGAUUCAGAAACGUCAACCCGUCAAAACGAUUUUGACAAUUCCCAAACCCUUCAGAUUUCACGUGGGAAACCGAGUGGUCAAUAAACAUUCGCCAAAAUCACCGUUUAUUUCAUUGGCGGAACGAGUGCAACAAUUUAUGGAGAAAACCCCGGACAGAUUCAAAUCAAAGCCUGUAACGAUGAAGUCUAUUUCGUAUUAUGAUAAACCUCCUACGAAAGCAAAAUCUCCUUUUUUACGCACUAAAUUAAGGGCUAACAAGCAAACCUGA